AUGGCUGACCCACCCAGUGGGAUGUUUGGUUCUCUAUUCAAACAUCCAUCAGAUCGGAACAGCGAAGGCUUUCAUGUCCACUACCUGAACAUCCACAAAACUUUCAAAUGGCUUAACGAGGACCCAACUCCGGUAUGGUCGGUCACCAGUUUCCUCAACCACAGGUCGAGCGAUUUCAUGCGUCACAUAAAAGGACGGCUUCAUUGUCAGCUUACUCAACGAUCAAAGCAAAAUCUGUCAUACUUAUCUCCAAAACCUGGCCAGAUGGGCAACCGCAAGCUCUCUCAUGUCCCCCUGCGCGCUGAUAAUCAUUUGGACAAUAUGUCGAGUGCAAUUCGCACAAGAAGCUACCAUGCCCUUGUUGCUCAAGGAACCAUGAUGAAUGGGACCCCGCCUAACCACCGGCCUAUGACGCAGUCAAAUGCCAGUCUGGCCCUUCCUCCAGACGCUUUGGCUGGCCGUAUCUCUGCUGCUCCUGCCCCAUGCGUCUUUCGGGCUACGUCCUCACCCCUCAUGUCUGCGGAGCAUUAUCCAAACGGAUACAAUACCCCGGUUAUAAGCCCGGUUUUGCGGCGUACUUCCUCUGGCCUGCCCCUCCCCAUGUCCUCGCAAUCUUUGUCUGCCUCGUUGUUCAACCAGCACAUCAACCCGGCGAUCUUCGACACACCGAUACGUUCCCAAUCUUCCUUGGUUUUGGACACCGCGGGGACCGACUUGUUGACCGAAGGCCCUCUCUUGGACGAUGAACUAGGAUCCCCGUCCAAGAGAUUGGCUGUGAAUGGACCUGCUCGUACUGAAAAUGAUUUGAAUGACGAUGACGGCGUCUUGGUAGACCUCCCGCGUGACAUCUUCGACGCACCUAGGGGCUCUCAGGCUGUUGACCUUGCUCCUCCCGCCGUCUUUGAUCUUACUCCUCAAAGUCAAGGUGCUCCCUCGCUGUUGUUUCUCCCCAAUGAAGAACGGUUGUUCAACGUGUAUUUCAAUCUUUGGCAAGCCCAAUGUCCCGAGGAUGAUCCUGUGGCGGGUAAGAAACGUAAACGCACCCCCGGAGGUACUAGACCCGUCAAGCAAAAGGUCACUAAGCCGAAAUAUUCAAACUAUGCCUCAAAAAUCCCUACAAAAUUCACCAUCAAACCGAAGCACUGUUCUUUUCAAGCCUUCAAGCAGGCCAUGUUUUCCUCCUGCGACGAAAGGCUUCCUGGGGUCUUGGAGGUUUUCCACCGCGCCUGGGCAACCCGCAGCAUCUCUCUCCUUGUGUUCGUCAACGGUUCACCUAACCACAAGGCCACCGACAAACAAACUAUCAGUACUCCUCAAUCAUUCCAAUCUUUUGUGCAUGCUGCCUUGAGUGCUUCUGCCUCGACUACGAUGGGGUGUAGAAUUGUUCAUGAAGACCCACGGAAAACGGCCCAUGCCAUGCGAUCCAUCCUGAGUGCUCCGAAACCCUCGGACAACAAAUCUGAAGAGUCCGAUGGUAACGAGACUGAUGGUUCAGUAGGUGUAAGUGUUCCUCUUUUGUUUCGGUUAUGA